AUGACUACGCCAAUCUCUCAAAGCCUACAAGGUUUUGACAUCAGUCAGUUGCCCAUGUUACUUGAGCACAUUCAGCAGCAACUUGCCUCAGUUCAGGAGAAAGUACAUGAACAUGACCACCUCUUGGAGCGUAUGAACAAGUUAGAAGAGGAAAACCAAGCCCUAAAAAAAAAUCUUUUGGCCAAGGACCUGGUAAUUCAAGAAUUACAGGGCCAACUAUCACGUGGAACUACUCAAGCCCCUACACCUGAGGUAGAUCAGGAACGUCCGUUCAUCUCUCAGGUCGUACAGUCCCAAGAUCCUGCUACUACUGCUAGUACCACUACUGCUACCGAUACUGCCACUAAAGGUAGUUAUCUCUCUGCUGCUCGCUCUGGAGCUAAACGCCCUGAUCCUGUUCGUACAGCCAAACGCCGUCUUGCUGCUGGCCGUCUCUUCCAAUCUGCUGCUGUUAAGGGCCAACAGGGAUACCAAUAUGUCUACCUUGGUAGAUCUGGUAAGAUCCAGCGCUCUGAGGUUCGUGCUACCCUCCGUAAGGUUGGUGUUGAUACUGGUCGUGUUCUCGACAUUUGUUUCCCUGCUUCUGGUGUUAUUGGAGUUCUGGUCCAUAUCCAAUAUGUCGACACUUUUCUUGCUUACAUGCACAAGUGCGAAGCUGAGCUCAUCGAGAAUUUUGAGCCUCUGGAUCCCAAGCACAUUGCUGAUCCUCAAUAUGCAAACCUUGCUAUUGCGGAUCGAGAACAACUGAUCUACGAGUUUACAAACACUCGUGCUCUGCAAACUCUUUCCUUCCUUCGUCCUCUCAAUGUCAGUGGUGUUGGAAAAUACUUUGUCUCUGCUGGAUGGAUUUCCCAAGAGGAACUUGAUACAGCUGUUUCCGAAGCCAUGGGCCGCCUUGCUGAAAAAGAACCCAAGAAGGCUCAAUUCUUGCUCAAGCUUGUGCACGAUGUCCUCUCACAUGUAUUGGAUACGCAUGUUCUCCUUGUCACUGAAACUUGGCUUCUAUCUGGUUCUUUCCCUUCCGACUGGUCUCAAUUCCAUCUAUAUGGCACAAAAGUACCUGGCGCUUUUGGCCGUGGUUCUGGUGGUGUUACAGCCUUUGUCUCUCCUUCCUGUCCUUUCUCUGUCUCUCAACUCCCGUCUUACAAUCCUCACACUCUGUCCCUUAAGGUUGGCACCCUUACGGUUCAUUGUGUGUAUCUGCCUCCACCCUUAUCCUCGGAUAAGGUGCUCUCGCUCCUUCGCUCGUUACCUAUAACUAGUGAUACAAUCCUUUGUGGUGAUUUCAAUGCUCGCUUUGGAUCUCUACUAGGUGAUACUACUGCUAAUCCCCGUGGUAACUCUCUACUACCAUGGAUUGAGGAGGCUUCGUUGUCGAUCCUCAAUGAGUCUCUAGCUUAUGGUACACCCACCUUUACAACAUUUCGGCGACAACAAGAGGUACACAGCAUCAUUGAUCUGUUCCUUACCAACAUUGGCGAGACGGCUAUGUUGAAUUCUCAACUGGUGGUUGACUCUGAUCUGUCCCUUGGUUCUGAUCAUCGGCUGAUGAUACUUACUUUCGAGUAUGUGCCCCCUCCCGAUGAUACUCUUGGUUCUGGUAACUCUGGUGGUUUGGCCCCUAGACGGCAAUGGAAGCUCUCGAAAUUGAGGAAAAAGCGGCCUUUGGGCUUGCUUCGUGAAUCCUUUCGAUCUUCUGUUGCUCCUUUGGUUGAUUCUCUCUCUGGUUUGGUCUCUGCUCCUGAUGGAGUUCGUCCUGAUAUUGAUGCACUCAAUGAUUCUCUGAAUUGUUGUUUGUAUGAAUCUCUUGACGGGUCAAUUGGUGUGAAAUCUGGUCGCCCUGGUCACUGGAAAAAGUACUGGACACAAGAAAUUGAAGAUGCAGCUCGUGAAAGAGAUGCCUCAUAUAGUCGAUGGCGAUGGGCAAGUGGCUUUGCCAAAGUUGAAACAUGGGGUAUAUAUCAAACUGCUCUUAGACGUUUUCGCUCUCUGAUACAGGCUGCCAAAAGAAAGUCGUGGAACACAUUCUGCUCUAAUCUGGAAAAGGAUUUCUCUAAAGCUACUGCUGCUAUCAAACGCAUAAAGCGAAACAAAGAAUCCUCUGCUACUUAUAGCCAUCCAGAUGGUCCAGCUGCUUCAGUAACAGCAAUGGCAUCACAUCUUGCAUCUGUAUACAAUGGUACACUCCUUAACUCUGCUUCUCGUCCUGUUGCUCCUGAACCGAAUGUAUCGGAUCUACCCUACAAUGAUCCCUCUGUUACAAAUCUGUUUGAUGCUGAUACUAUUGUCUCUCUGAUUAAGCGAUUGCCAAAUGGAAAAGCUCCUGGUCCUGAUCAUCUGAAAGCUGAAAUGCUGAAGGCUCUAGCAUCUGACAUUGCACCCGUAUUGUCUCUGCUAUUUACGCUUUGCUCUCAAUGGUCGUACACUCCUGUAUUGUGGCGUCAUGCUCAGGUCUUUCCCAUUUACAAGAAAGGUGAUGUAUCUGAUCCUGCAAACUUUCGUCCAAUUUCGCUCACUUCGGUGAUGCGUAAAUUGUUUGAAUUUUCAUUGAUGCCUGCUCUUGAUGAACAUUCGCCUGCACUUGAUGUUGCUCAAGGUGGUUUUCGUCCACAACGUAGUCCUCUGGAUCAAGCCCUCUGUUUACAUGACUUGAUGCAUGACUACUUCCUCACUCAUCACCACUAUCCUGUUGUAGCCUUUCUGGACAUCAAAUCUGCAUACGAUACAGUGGAUCGCAACGUUAUUUGGGAUGCUCUUGCUCAUUCUUCACUACCUCGUCCAAUCCUUAGUUUAUUGAUCAAUAUGUUCGAUGAUGUACUAGUCUCUGUACUGAUUGCAAACCACAACUCUGACCCUUUUUCGCCUGCUACUGGUGUACUCCAAGGUUCAGUGCUCAGUCCGCACUUGUACUCUCUGUACAUCAACUCUCUGCCUGCUGUUCUUCGUGCUGCUGUCAACCGUGGUACUAUGGUAUCUCCACCCGGAAUGCAUCCUGUUCAUAUCAAUAGUUACUCUUUGCUGAUGAUGUGGCCAUAUUUGGCUCUCGUACUGAUGUGCAAACCAUGUUGGAUGUCGCUUCAGAUCACUCGUUCUCUCUUGGCUACAGAUGGAAACCAUCAAAAUGCGCUGUACUUUGUGCUCCUACUGCCUCUACUCGUCAUCCAUUGUCUCUAUACGGUGAACCUCUUCCUGUGGUAG